AGGAGAGGCGUGCGGUCCGAGCGCUCCGACAGAAAUCAGCACCACUUGUCAAGAGCUGUGAAGAGACAAGAAGCUCUCAGAAAUCGGUCGGGACAACGCGAAGUCGUGGCUGUGUAGUUUUUUGUUUUGUUUUCCUAUUAUGGCUGACCACCUUUUACAUUAUAAUGACUCGGCUGGGGUUGGGAACCGAUUCGCCCGCAAAGGUGCUUUGCGGCAGAAAAAUGUGCACGAAGUGAAAAACCACAAAUUUAUUGCGAGGUUUUUCAAGCAGCCGACGUUCUGCAGCCAUUGUACAGACUUCAUAUGGGGAUUUGGGAAACAAGGAUUUCAAUGCCAAGUGUGUUGUUUUGUGGUUCACAAACGCUGCCAUGAGUUCGUUGGCUUCUCCUGUCCUGGAGCCGACAAGGGCCCCGACACAGACGACCCCAGAAGCAAGCACAAGUUCAAGAUCCACUCGUACGGCAGUCCCACCUUCUGCGACCACUGUGGUUCGCUGCUGUAUGGGCUCAUCCACCAAGGGAUGAAAUGUGACACCUGCGACAUGAACGUGCAUAAGCAGUGUGUGGUCAAUGUGCCAAGCCUGUGCGGGACGGACCACACAGAGCGCCGGGGUCGUCUCUUCCUCAAGAUCGAGGUCAGCGGGGACAGGCUACACGUCACAGUGGGUGAAGCCAGGAACCUGAUUCCCAUGGAUCCAAACGGUUUAUCAGACCCGUAUGUUAAACUCAAGCUCAUCCCAGACCCAAAGAAUGAGACCAAACAGAAGACCAGGACCAUCCGUUCGUCUCUCAACCCCUGCUGGAACGAGUCUUUUACCUUUAAACUGAAAGCAUCAGAUAAGGACCGCCGUCUGUCUAUUGAGGUGUGGGACUGGGACCGGACCACCAGGAACGACUUCAUGGGCUCCAUGUCGUUUGGAGUGUCCGAGCUCAUCAAAGCUCCCACGUGUGGAUGGUACAAGUUGCUGAACCAGGAGGAGGGGGAGUACUACAACGUUCCCAUCCCUGAGGUGGACGACGUCAACCUGGAGCUCCGACAGAAGUUUGAGGCCUGCCAGUUAAAUAUCCACUAUCUCAAGAAAGCCAAGCUGGGCCACGGUAAGAAAGUGAUCACGCCGUCAGACCACCGGCGGUUCAGCCUGCCUUCAGGUAACAUGGACCGGGUCCGACUCAGCGACUUCAACUUCCUGGCCCUGCUGGGGAAGGGCAGCUUCGGGAAGGUAAUGCUGGCAGAGAUGAAGUCCACAGAGGAGCUGUACGCCAUCAAGAUCCUCAAGAAAGAUGUGGUGAUCCAGGAUGACGACGUUGAAUGUACGAUGGUGGAGAAGAGGGUCUUGGCUCAGAGAGACAAACCACCUUUUCUCACGCAGCUCCACUCCUGCUUCCAGACUGUGGAUCGGCUGUACUUUGUGAUGGAGUACAUUAACGGAGGAGACCUCAUGUAUCAUAUCCAGCGUAUGGGCAAGUUCAAGGAGCCACAGGCAGUGUUUUAUGCCGCAGAGAUUGCUGUCGGUUUGUUUUUCCUGCACCGAAAGGGAAUCAUCUACAGGGACCUUAAACUCGACAAUGUGAUGCUGGACUCCGAGGGCCACAUCAAGAUCGCCGACUUUGGCAUGUGCAAGGAGAACAUGUAUGAAGGCAUGACCACACGCACCUUCUGCGGCACUCCAGACUACAUUGCACCAGAGAUUAUAGCAUAUCAGCCCUAUGGAAAAUCAGUCGACUGGUGGGCUUAUGGGGUUCUUCUGUAUGAGAUGCUGGCAGGACAGCCGCCGUUUGAUGGAGAAGAUGAGGAUGAGCUCUUCCAGUCCAUCAUGGAGCACAAUGUGUCCUACCCCAAGUCCAUGUCGAAGGAAGCUGUGUCCAUCUGCAAGGGGCUGAUGACCAAACACCCAUCAAAGCGUCUGGGCUGUGGCCCAGAGGGAGAGAGGGACAUCAGAGAGCAGGCCUUCUUCAGACGCAUCGACUGGGAACGCCUGGCAAACAGAGAGAUCCAGCCGCCAUUUAAACCCAAAGUGUGCGGCAAAGGAGCGGAGAACUUCGACAAGUUUUUCACGCGCACCCAGCCCGUGCUGACCCCGCCUGACCAGCUAGUCAUCGCCAACAUCGACCAGAGCGAGUUCGCCGGCUUCUCCUACAUCAACACUCAGUUCAUCCAUCCAUCCCUGCACAGUGUGGUAUGAGGAGGGGGUAUGGAAAGUGGGGGGAGGAUUUAAAAAAAAAGAAGAAGCAUGGACCGUCACUGAAUACAGGACCCUUCCAAACUCCAACAAACGUCCCGCUGUCAACAGACUCACAUCAUCCUCUAAAGUGUUCUGUCUACUAGUUAUCAAAUAUCUGUGUAUAGAAAUGACAGAGGAGAGAGGAGCUAAGUGUUAAAAUGUUAUGUACAAUCUGAAGUGAGAGAAAAAACAGUACAUGAUGGCACUGAUAUUUUCUGCAUCAUCUUCCAAAACAUCUCAUAAUACAUUCUAUACUCUGUGUAUCUCUGAACCCUUUUUACUCGUGUAUGAAUGUGUUUCAGUAUCAGUCACUAUCUCAUUAGGUAUUAAACAUGCAAGUUCCCUCUCAUCCCUCUUACGUUCCCCAUCUUACUACGCAACAAGCUGCAAUGCACGACAAGAACGGAACUUAUUUUUCUGCUCUGUCCCAGCUUUGUCUACUUCUGAACUGCUACGUGUGUAUAUUAUAUUUAUAUACUCAAAAAAAGAGGUAAAAGAGGUAGUAUACUGUUACAUGAGUGCCAAAGUAGAAGUGGAAGAAAACAUUUUUAUUGCAGUUCUUUAAAAGUCCUUGUGGCUCCAAACAGCGCCAAUACGGUACAACCCCUUUCACAGGGACCUGUUCAUACCUGUCGCUUUUGUAGGACGUGGAACUACAGUGUAACCAAGUCAACACAGAGAAACAGAAGCACAUUCUGCUUACAGUUACGAGCUAUCCCGGGCCUUUUCAAUGUCGCCAAUAGUCAGUGGGUGGGUGAACGCAGGAUAUAGGGUCAGAAAAGUGUGGAUCAAAGAGACAGUAUUUCAAAGUAUAAAGAUGCUAUUUCCAUAUGCACAAAAGCAGAUCUCUGUUGCAUGCUUACUCUCUGACUCUGUAUGAGCUGUAGACUCUAGGAUGCAGUACACGUCUGGUAUCAUUGUAAAGUUUAGUAUUAUGAUAUAAACUAUGUUGAUAUAUAUUUGUUGUACGUUUUGAGGAGUCUUAUUCUGAAGAGGUUUUUAAUUGUUAAGGCGAAAGGUUUUGUUCCUGUUUUAUGUUCUGCUUAACUUUUAUGUCCUACUGUAUGUCGACCUUUGUUUUUCUUUUUUCCUCUUCUUCUUCUUCUUUUUUUUUUUGUAAAUAUGUUUCAAAUGAGAUGUUUCAAAAAGAGAAGUUACUUGCAGAUUUUAUACUAUGAACUGAAUGUGCUUUUACUACCAUAGACGGUUUGAACAUUUCUAUGUUUAGAUUACCCCUAAGAAGAGAUAUAUAACGUUUGGCUGAAUCUUUGGUAGCUUUGGUAUCAGCAAACCUUGUUAUAUGUAUUUCCACUAUUUAUCCAUUGUUUUCUACUAUUCAGUGUCAUAUAGAGAAUAUGCAGCACCUCCUGUGCGGUUGAAUGCCCUCUUGCCUUGGUUGUCUCAGGGCUGACUCCUUCUGUAACAAAAACUGAAUUCAAAACCACAUUAACGGUGUGAGGAUUUCAGAAACAUGUCUUUUCUUUAUAUAUCGUGUGCAUGCCUGAGGCGAGGCCUGAUCUAAGCAUGAGAAAGACUCCUGCAUGAUACAGAGAUUCCCCUCUCUCCCCCCUCUCCCUCCCUCCCCCUGGUGUGGAGCAUGGAGUUUCCCCACCCUUGUUGCACAGAGUGAGACAAACUAGUCCUGACGAGCAUCGUUAGCUUCUCUGCUCAUCAUCUCUUCCCCCCUCGCUGUCAUGUAGCCCGACCUGUUUGGCUAAAAAAAAACAACCAAAAAAAAAAAAAACAAGCUGAAUUUUGAACAGACAAAUAUGUGUAAAAUGUGUCUGUUGGCUUUUUGUUUCAUGGUGCCAAACUGAGUCGUUUUUUGUUUUCAGUCAGGUGUGUCCAGCAGAGUUUUUUUUUUUUAAAUAUAAAUAUAUAUGUAAAGAGAGAGGCUACUGCUGCGGCACACAAAGCCACAGCAGAGAGGUUUCAUAAAACUGCCAAAUUUAGAAAUGCUGUCUAUUGUACCACAGCUCUUAACUCCUGGAUUAGUUACUUAACUGUCACAUCUGGACCAAAAUGAGAUUUAAAGGUUAAAAGAAAACUGAAUGUUUACAUGUCUCACAUUGAGAAUCUGUAUCGGAGGAGGGAUUUGAAACAAAAACCACAACAACCAAAAAAAAAAAACAACAAAAAUUCAAAAAAAAAAAAACAAAACAAAAAAAAAACAACAACAACAACAAUAACAACCUUUGGACCCAUGACAGAGAUAAUCAAAUGUUAGGCCAGUCAGGGUACAGUACCACUACAGGCUACAAUUAGAGCCACAGGGAUGUUUGUAUGUGUUUCCUUUCACUGCCCCUGCUUUUGUUAACCUGGUUCUUCUUGUUCCUCUGUUCAUUGUGGUAUGACGGAUACUGUGUAUAAAUAAAGUAUGAAAAAUAUAGGAAAUGUGAA